AUGAGAAGAAGAUUGAAAUCCCGUCGUACCAGUUCCGAAGAUCCACAUAAGAUCCGACCGGCCCGAAAUCAGGGCUCCGACAACCCAUUGGAUACGAGCAAGAUAAAAAGAGUGAGGUUUGCGGAUCCUGAGAUGGAUAAACUUCCUAACGAUGCACAAGGCGUUUCUUCAAGAAAAUAUGAAGUAACUCAGUCGACAAAAUCUGAUGCCCCUAAAACUUCAGAGUAUGCAUAUUUUAAGAAAGUGAAGAAUAGUGCUGGUUGUGUUAAUUCCUAUGCUACACACAGGGAGGACGAACGGAUGGAAAGUUCUAAAUGUAAUGACCGUAGUGGAGAGACUUCAAAUGCUUCUGCCACAAUGAACGCCAGAAACGAGGCCUUCAGAUUAACGUUCCCUGAAGGACUGCCAAGGCCCACUGAUCAUCACACAUUCCUCUCACCUAGUGUUGGAGAAUGCAAUGAACUUAACCAGUUGAGAGGCAAAGAUAUACCCAACAAUGUUAAACCCAUUGAUCAAAAUUUAUGCUUUUCACCCAUUGAAGGGACGUCAGUGAACUCAGGGAGCCAAUGCACUGAGAAAGGAAUCUUUUAUGCAAAGAGACAGAAGUUACUCCAGUGUGUCGCUGAUGCCUCAUUUUGUGAUAUUGAGAAACUCCAUGCUAAGGGGUUCAAUUUGGUUUCCUCGCUAUUAAGCCGCCUGUUCCCCAAGGGCAAUGAGAAUGAUGAUUCAACGCCUUCCAAAGUUGAUAUGGAUAGUAAUCGUAAAGAUCCUACAUUUUGGGAUUCAGAUGAUCUGGAGAAGGGACUCCAUUUGGCUCAUACCCGACACUGGGAUAAGGAUAUCCCUGAUAUUCAUUCUGGCAGAUUGGGAGAGACUGUUCUCUCAAAAUGGAAUACCUCUGUCUCUGACUUUCCUCCAUGCAAAUAUGAUGUAGAAACUCAUUUGGGAGAUGAAUUAGUGAAUCUUAAUUGUAGUUCAGAGAGUGAUAUGAUUAGAAAUUUAUACACACAACAUGGCUCUUUUUUCUGUUUACCGAUUGAGAGAUAUGGAUAUGCUAGUUCAUGUCAUCUUGAAGAACUUGAUGAACUCUGUUGUCCAAUUGAAUACUCAAGAAGUGAACCGCAUAGGCUUUUGCUGGAAAGGGAGGAAGAUAAGGUUGAUUCAUCCAUUAUCAAUCAAGACAUCUCAAAGAAUUUGUUUCCUGGAUGGGAUUCAUGGAAAAUUGAUCACUCGAAGGGUAUGGAUAAUACAGUUGAUGCAAAAGCACUGUGUCCGUCAUCCUUACGUUCAAAGUAUUAUCUAGACUUCCACUCACUGCCAAAUUAUUAUUCAACCAGACAAGCAACUUCAUGGAAUGUGGAUCACCAGAAUGAUAUGGAUAAUGUCCUUGAUGCCAAACCAUCGUGUUCAAAAUACUCUCUUGACUUCGACUCGCUGCCAGGUUAUUAUUCAAACAGCUUUAGAACUCGGGAUUUUGGACCGUACAUAAAAAAUGAGUGCUCAUUGGAAAAAACAAAACGGUUUCCACUAGCUUUACCAUGUACUCCAAUAUAUAAUGAGGCGGAAGAUUGCGAUACAAAAAAUGCACUUGGAAGUAGCAAUCUUCUCGUCUCUCUUCGAGAUCGAGAUCCCUUUUUGCUUACCAACAACGUUUCAUUCGAUAGGCAUCAACAGGAUUUUGAACUUGUGAUGCCUAGAAGCCUGAAUACUGAUUUCAGGUGGAAGUGCUUACCAACUACAGAUUCCUUUGCAGAGGACCAUCCAUCCAUUUUUCAUCCAUGGAAGUCUCCUCGGAUAGACCACAAUUCAUAUUCUUCUGCACAAAUGAGUGAACAUCCAGGAGAAACUUUCACUCCGUAUCGUGAAGGUGCGUUUAACAUCCAUUCUGGAUCCUCUAAUUUUCAUUUUUCUCUCGACAAAUUAAUGGACUGCCCUUUGCUACUAGAUGGUGUAAGCCAUGAUAUAUCUGAAAUAAGAAAUAUAUUUUGA